UUAAAAUAUUGCGGCAACAGCCUCAGACUAUGCGACUCGGUCCUGCGUUGAACCUGCGCCUCUCAGCUGUUCUGAGAGCAGAUUUAUUGUUACGUAUGCCGGUUGAAAAGUACGAGCAGAAAACGUAAGACCGAACCUGGGUCUGCAGCUGCAGGCGCAGCAGAAAGAUCUCGCGUGGAUUGCAUCCUUCUCUACUACCUUUACUAACGGGGAUGGAAAAGAUAAGAAGAGCUCUCACUCUGCUGCAAUUUUAACAAAAACAAAACAAUUCAGAGAUUAACGUAUAGUUAGACAUUUAUAUGUUUACCCUUAUAAUCAGGCAGAUACUACACAACUAUUAUAUGGGCUGACACUGUGCUGUGAUGUAGACGUGGCUGUUUAGCAUAUUUAUCUUUUUUUUGUUUUAAUUAUUGUUUUUCGCGGGGCAACGGCGCCCCGUGAACAGGUGUUGCCAUAGAUAAUAGCCUUCGUUUUUAUCUGCCAGGAAUUGUCUUUGACCUCAGUGGUAUCAGGACAACAAUGAUCGACAUAAUAACGUAAAGAAAACUAGUUUUAAAAAUAAACCCAUACACAAACGGAAAUACUACUGAAAACCAGCGAGUGCCGCGAAAAAUAGCCGGCUCUGCACUGGUUUCAAACGCAGUGUAAGACCUCUUCACAGCCGAGGAUCUUUGUUACUACAGCGCUCUCUCUCUCCCCCGCUCUAUCCUAUAGUCUUUCUAGGUCUCUCUUCCUCUCUCGCUCCUCCUGUUAAACCUGUGUGAAGCUGUCGCCGAGGAGAGAGGCGGAUUCCCCUCUGCCUUCCUUCCUUCCUUGAUUCCUUCCUGCUGUUCCUUUCUCGGCUCCUUCCUCAUUUCCUUCCUCAAUCUUCUUCACUUCUUCUUCAGCGGCAGUCGACAUGGCUACAGUGGUAACCUCCACCAGGUUCACGGACGAGUAUCAGCUGUACGAGGAACUGGGAAAAGGCGCCUUCUCCAUCGUGCGCCGAUGUGUCAAGAAGUCCACCAGCCAGGAGUACGCUGCUAAGAUCAUCAACACGAAAAAGCUCUCAGCCAGAGAUCAUCAGAAGUUGGAGCGAGAGGCCAGAAUCUGCCGUCUGCUGAAACAUGCCAACAUAGUACGACUCCAUGACAGUAUCUCAGAGGAAGGAUUCCACUACCUGGUCUUUGACCUAGUCACCGGAGGAGAGCUGUUUGAAGACAUCGUCGCCAGAGAGUAUUACAGCGAGGCCGACGCCAGCCACUGCAUCAAUCAGAUCCUGGAGAGCGUUAGUCACAUCCACCAGCAUGACAUUGUGCACAGGGACCUGAAGCCAGAAAACCUCCUCCUGGCCAGUAAGAUGAAGGGAGCAUCGGUGAAACUGGCAGACUUUGGUUUGGCCAUCGAGGUGCAGGGAGACCAGCAGGCCUGGUUUGGUUUUGCAGGAACUCCAGGGUACCUGUCUCCAGAGGUGUUGAGGAAGGACCCGUACGGCAAACCUGUGGACAUUUGGGCCUGUGGUGUGAUCCUGUACAUCCUGUUGGUGGGCUACCCUCCCUUCUGGGACGAGGACCAGCACAAACUGUACCAACAAAUCAAGGCCGGUGCAUACGAUUUUCCCUCCCCAGAGUGGGACACUGUGACCCCCGAGGCCAAGAACCUGAUCAAUCAGAUGUUGACGAUCAACCCCGCCAAACGGAUCACGGCCGACCAGGCUCUCAAACAUCCGUGGGUCUGCCAACGCUCCACUGUGGCGUCCAUGAUGCACCGUCAGGAGACUGUCGAAUGUCUGCGCAAGUUCAACGCCAGGAGGAAACUCAAAGGAGCCAUCCUGACCACGAUGCUGGUGUCCAGAAACUUUUCAGUGGGACGGCAGCACACCAGCCCUGCCGCCACCACCAGCACGGCCGCAAUGGCACAGGAAGCCUGUAAAACGUUACUGAACAAAAAGUCGGACGGAGUGAAGAAAAGGAAGUCCAGCUCGAGUGUGUGUUUAAUGGGAAACAGCAGUAAAAACAGUGUAGUCAGCAGCAGCAGCACCAAAGACAGCAGCAUGUCAUCGACGGCACCGAUGGAAGCCCAGACCACUGUUGUUCACAACCCAGCUGACGGCACCAAGGGUUCCACUGAGAGCUGCAACAACACAGAAGAGGAGGAGCUGAAAGGUAGGAAAGCUCGUAAACAGGAGAUCAUAAAGAUGACGGAGCAGCUGAUCGAGGCCAUCAACAACGGGGAUUUUGAAGCGUACACGAGGAUCUGUGACCCUGGACUCACCUCUUUUGAGCCGGAAGCUCUUGGAAACCUGGUGGAGGGAAUGGACUUCCACAAGUUCUACUUCGAGAAUCUGCUGAGUAAAAACAGCAAACCCGUCCACACCACCAUCCUCAACCCCCACGUCCACCUGAUCGGAGAGGACGCCGCCUGCAUAGCCUACAUCCGGCUGACGCAGUACAUCGACGGCCAGGGUCGACCGCGCUCCUGUCAGUCGGAGGAGACCCGCGUCUGGCACCGUCGAGACGCCAAGUGGCUCAACGUCCACUUCCACUGCUCAGGAGCUCCGGCGGCGCCGCUGCAGUGAUCUUCACCACAGGCCCAGGUUUUGCCUGAGAGUCAAAAGCUGUUUGGAGCGUUUAUUCUCCAUGGCUGGAUUUGAUCCUGGAAUUCUGGCCGAGAGGAGGAGGAGGAAGAGGAGGCUGCUCGGAACGUUGUAUAAAUAACAUACAGAGAGGAAAAUAUAUUUCAGUUAAAACACACACACACACAAACACACACACAAAAGUAUCUAGAUUUUAGAACCCCGACUGUGAAAGACUGAC